AUGUGGCGGUCGAGCCAACUCAACCUCUAUACAAGAGACCAUUUUGGUCAUUUACUCAAGUUUUUUAAUGAUGAUCUUUCUUGGUAUGAUCUGUUCUCCCCUGAAUUCGAGGUUGAGAAGCCAGCAAAUUGGACAGCCGAAGAGAACAAGAUGUUUGAAAAUUCUUUGGCUGAAGUUGAUCCAGACAAUCCUGCCUUCAUUGAAAAUUCUGGCGUUUACCCUAUUCCCAAAUAUGAAACUGAUGAUCAGGACAACCGAGAUAAAUUAAAAGUUAGCAAUGAAAAGGAAUCUCCAUCACCGGCUACUAAAAAGACAUGCAAUGGCCAGCUACGCCGAAGGGGAGUUCCAUGGACAGAAGAUGAACACCAGUAUUUUCUUACGAUUUAG